AUGCCUGUAAAAGAUCUAGUCAGUCAAGGUGAUUAUCAAAACGAAGACGCCAUGGACGUAGAGCCUAACACGAAUGUGAAUAAGGCGGCCGAUCCUGCUCAUCCACCCUUACAAUCUCCUAUUGACCAUGGACAUCCGAAAUCAAACGUAGCUGACCCCCAAAUAGAAGAAUUGAGUAUUGAUGAAGAAGAUCCAGCUCGACCAUCGGGAACGAUAGACUAUACGUUUAAUGACAUUGAGGACCCUCGUAGCUUUGACCUGAAAAAGGAACUUCGGCUGCUUAGCGAUCCAGUGACAAUUCGUUGUUUACCUUGGAGGAUUCUACUUGUUUUUACCCCUGCUUGCCAGCGUUCAACAAUGGGCAUGUUUCUUCAAUGCAACGACAAUAGUCCCACGGCUAAUUGGACUUGUGGCGCUCGUGCCACACUUGAAGUGCUAUCGCAAACCAAGCGCCUUAGUAAGACGCACUCUAUCAUGCACUCGUUUGCUGCAAAAGAGAAUGAUUGGGGUUACCAGUCUUUCAUUUCAUAUGAAGAACUUUUUAAUCCCGAGAAUGGGUACGUGGUAAACAAAAAAUUGCAUGCACGCAUACAAGUAGAGGCGGACGCACCACAUGGAACCGAGUGGGACUCAAAAAAGUUCACCGGUUUUGUCGGUUUGAAGAACCAAGGCGCCACGUGCUACUUAAACUCGGUGCUCCAGGCACUAUACUGCACCAAUGCUCUGCGCAAAGCGGUCUUCCAAAUGCCCACUGAGAGUGACGAAAUAUCCACCAGUGUGCCGCUUGCACUGCAACGAACUUUCUUUGACCUUCAGUGCUCCGUUAAGGCUGUUGUAACGGAGAAACUCACCCGAAGCUUUGGCUGGACUACUUGGGACUCCUUUAUGCAGCAUGACGCGCAAGAACUUUGUCGUGUUUUGUUAGACAACAUGGAGUGCAAGAUGAAGGGAACUGAUGUGGAAGCAAUAAUCCCAAAACUGUUUUGUGGCAAAAUGAUCUCAUACAUUCGUUGUAAAGACGUGGACUAUGAGUCGAAGCGAGAGGAGCAGUUCUACGACAUUCAACUGAAGGUGAAAGGGAAUUGUAAUGUCCAUGAUGCUUUCAAGGAAUACGUGCAGGUGGAGACUUUAGAUUCAGAUAAUAAAUAUGAUGCCGGAACGUUUGGCUUGCAAGAUGCGGAGAAGGGAAUCAAAUUUUUGCGAUUUCCACCAGUUCUUUAUCUACAGUUAAUGCGAUUCCAAUAUGAUUUUCAAUCAGGCACAAAUGUCAAGAUCAACGAUCGUUUCGAGUUCCCGUAUGACUUAGAUCUAAGUGACUACCUCGUUCAAGAUCCGGAGAAGGUGGAGGAGGAACCCAGGUACACAAAGUACUUUCUACAAGCGGUUCUGGUGCAUUCUGGAGACCAUCAUGGAGGGCACUAUGUGGUCUACAUUAACCCUCGUGGUGAUAAUAAGUGGUACCAGUUUGACGAUGAUGUUAAUUACGGAAACAGCGAUGAUCCUCUGUUUCGCGCUUCCUCAAAUGCCUACAUGUUGGUAUACAUAGCAUGCGACGCCCGGGAAGAGGUUCUAUGCCCCGUGACCGAUGAUAUGAUUCCCUUUAGUCUCUCAAAUCGGUUCCGUGAGGAACACAGUGUUGAAGAGAAGGAACGGCGUGUAAAGGAUCAUGCUCAUGAAUUUGCGACUGUUAACGUUCUUCUUGAUGAGGAUUUUUAUGGGUUUGAGGGUCCUGAACUCCUUCGAAUCAACGAGGUUCCAAUUCGUUCGCUUCGAAUUCACCGACGGGAGUUAGAUGAGUGCAAGUUGAAUGAGGCCAUUGCAAGCUUUCUUCAAUGGCCGCUUCAGAAAAUCAGCCUGUGGCGUGCGAUCUGUCAAAAAUCGACAUGUGCAGUGGAGUUUAGUCGCAAUAUAACCACGGACUUCCCCUCGGAUAGUGUGCUGACGCUCUGGGCCCGGCGUCGAGAGCAAGCGGUUUGGGUCGGUAGCCCUACUUCUGAUUGUAGUCUGUGCUUCUUCAAGUACUUCGAUUCUAAUCUCUGCACUCUUUGCUACUGCGGUCAUGCCGAUUUGCCCACCUCCGCUUCAGUUGAGGCUCUGCCUGCCCUUCUGAACAAGCGCGUGGGCCUCCCGCCCACUACACCACUCAUCUUUUACCAUCAGGACAACGCUCGUCUACCCAAGCCAGUGGAUCUCACCACGCUUUCACGCAAACUUAAGCAUGGGGAAAUUAUCUAUUUCCACGUUGACACCAGUCAAGCAAAGGAUCCUAGCCUUGCAGGCCAAAUGUUACACCCAAACUCCCCUGCAGACAUCAGCAUGGAGACGGCUGUUGUUGACAAUAACCAUAGCCAAUGGCGUCAUGAUCUUCCGAAUGUGAGUCUACAUCUUCGCAAGGUUGCCAUCAAUGGUCAUUUGCCAGGUGAACCUCAGAAGUCUCUGCCUUUGCAUGAGGCCUUUGUUCAUUACUUCCUAUCUUCUUCUAUGAUGGUGGACAUCUUGCUAGUGGAUAAAUUGCGCAAGUCAGAUCCCGGCAUUCUAAUUCGGGUAUCACCUGAGCUGUCGUACUGGAGAUUUGCGGAGCUCGCCGCCGGCUACCUCUCAGGACGACCAGAUCACCUACAGUUCUUCCCCUCGCACCCUACCCCAACAUCUGGCAGUGGCGUCAGCGCAUCUGUAAACAAGACUGCUAACGUUCCCACACAAGACCUUCAUGUCAAUGCGGUUAAUCCGUCUCCCCUAUCCAACGACUUGGGCAAUGGGAAUAGCUUUUCACCGAGUGGUGGCGCAUCUCUGAUCUCCGAACAGUCACGCGCUGCCAAGGCCUCAGGUUUUUCCUGCGCUUCGGCCAAUUUGAUUGGGGCUCUGGCUUCAGCUGCCCAUCAAGGUCUUGUACGCGAACCGCCUGGUCCACCGGUUCCAUCAGCGACAACUGCGACCCUCCGUGGCUUUCUUUCGCUCCCCUCUACCGUCUCCGUUAUCACAGUUCAAUGCACUGCUGCUGCCAGUGUGGCAUCUCAAGAUCGUCCCCCUCUUUGUGUGUCACGCUAUUCUAGUAUCCCCAGGGUUACCCCAUCUCCCUUCAGCAACCAUAACUUACAUGUGCCGGCCCCCCGCCGGGUCUACUAUGCGCACACGGCUCUGCCAGUGAGCCGGUUGGAGUGCUUGAAGCAAAUCCAAGUGGCCUUUUUUGGCCCUAAACUCACUGACCGUCUGGACUUGGGGCUCUCUGUUCCUAGCAGUGGAGCCGUGGCAGACAUUCUGGCCGAAGUUCGGUCACAUGUCACUCUGAGCGGAUCCGGAAAGCUUCGUCUCAUGGAGAUCCGAUGGAACCGAAUCGCCCAGAUCUACGAUGAGAACUAUCCUCUGGAGAAGAUAGACGAUGCUAUGAUGGUGCUUCAAAGUGAUAUCAAUGAAAAUCUGCGAAACGGAUUGAGAGUGGAGGAGGUGCCACAAGAUGAGGAAAAUUUGCAGCAAGACGAUUUAGUGAUCAAUGCUGCCCACUUCAAUAAGGUUUUGAAUGAGACGUUUGGUGUACCGUUUACCGUGAGGUUGCGAAAUGGUGAGUCGUACAGUGAUGUGAAGAAGCGAAUUCGUGAACGUCUCGAUGUUGUAAAUGACAAGGAAUUCGACGCUUGGAACUUUGCUCUUGUCUUCCGUAACAAGUUCAUCGCUAUUCCAGACGAGAAUAGUGUAAUGGUGGAUACAAUUGCUCUCACUCGAGAUACUUGUCCAGGUCCGAAGCCCUGGCUUGGUGUGGAGCACGAACCGCCGAAGCGGCCGCGUUACGCACCAAGCGAAAAAUCCAUCAAGAUUCACAACUGA